AUGGUAGGUGAGGCACCUAAACUGGAAUUGCAAUCACUGGAGUUUGAAAAGAGAAUGGUUUUGUUAACCUACAGUUUGGCAUUGAUGAUGCUGGCAGAGACUGCAGUAACAUCACGCUAUGGAGAUGGUAAUCAAGAUAACGACCGUAAGUGGAAAUUGGCUACUAGUCAUCUCAUAAAAUCACAAUCCAUUGUAUGGUACCUAGUAGCGAACUCCAAUAGUUAUAAAGGUCAGCCUAUACCACCACAAUUGCAAAAUCAAACAGGGUUCAUUACUGGCUUACAGACAUUAAUAGGCGGAUCACUUCAUUUGCUUAUUAUUUACAAAGAUUUAGAAAGAGAACUACAAGAAAGCUCAGACGGUUAUAACUCAUCAUCAACAACAACGACUUCCAGAAACUUACUCAGUCGUGUCGCAAUAUAUGCUGCAGACAAGUUUGGUGCUGCAUCCCAGCUCAUUAGUAGCUCUAGCUCCAGUUUUUCUAGCUCUGGAGGAACAGGAUCUGACUUGUCUUCUUCAGGUUCUACUGAACCUACAAAAUCUAAAAUGAGAUCAGCUAUGAGCCGGAUUGCACCCUCUAGUCAUAAUGGCUCAUCUUCAUCCUCUUCAUCAUCACAUAACUCAUCAUUUUCUCUUGGUAACUCAUCCGACACAUUAUCUGGCUGGCUUUCCGAAGCCCGUAAAUUCUGCAUUGCUGACACAUACAAACUGUCAGCUAUAGAUCAGGCUCAAAAGGGUCAGACAGGUCAAGCAAUUGGCUUUCUUACAGCAGCUCUGGAAUUAUUAGGAGCUAACAGUAAACUGAAAAAAGUGGUUUCUUCGACUGCCAAACCUGGCACAAUACAGUAUCAACAAGAUCAGCUUAAACAAACUAUCUUGCCCAUACUCCACUCUUAUACUACGGAAAACAACAAUUACACUUUCCAAACGAUCCCCAAGGCUUCUGAACUCGAGUCUAAUCGUCCAUCUGGCCGCCAAGUGGUUGCAGCCGAACAACCUUGGGUACCUCCAAGCUCUCUUAUUUCAGACUCUGUCUCCGAAACUUUGACCCCUAGCUCUAGCUCCCGUACUUAUUAUUAA